AUGGCUGAAUACUGGAAGUCAACACCAAAAUACUGGUGCAAGUUCUGCUCCACAUAUGUAAAGGAUACCAAGUUUGAGCGCGCGCAACACGAAGCGACCGGCCGCCACCAAGGCAGCAUCCAGCGCAGUCUCAAAGGACUGCAUCGCGAGCAGGAAAAUGAGAAGCGCAAUCAAGCACGUGCGCAGGCCGAAGUUGCGCGUCUGAACGGCCUUGUACCCUCGUCUUCGUCUUCAGCACCGUCAGUCGCGACUGGCGUAGGCGGCAAGCCCACAAUUGAGAAGCGCCCUGAGAAGAAGGCGACGUUGGACGACAGAAAGCGGCAAUGGGAGCAACUAGCAGCUAUGGGGGUUGCGCUACCUGCAUCAGCUCGUGGCGACCUGGCAAUGGCGGGAGAUUGGAAGACUGUCUCGGAAGAAGUGGUUGGGGAAGUCACCGAGGACGGGGAGUUCAAGGCGUCAUCUCUGAACAAGGGCGUACGGAAAAGGCCAAUAGACGAGGACGAGGAGGAGCAGAAGGCUGCCGGAGAGUUGAUCACCAAGAAGAAGGGCUGGGGAAACACAUUCAAGAGCUUUCCGGGUAGCAAGGGUGGUGAUGACGAUAUUGAAAGUUUGUUUGGGAAGAAGCCAGCUGCAGAGACACAGGCUGAGGUGAAGAAGGAGGAGAAGGGCGACGGUGUGAAAGCGGAAGUGGACGACACCGAGGCGAAAACACUAAAGGACAUUCCCACGGCAGAAGAGGCUGUGGCGAUCAAGAAGGAAGAGGAUGCACCAGCUGCUCCGGCCGUCGUCUUCAAGAAACGAAAGAAGGCGAAAUGAACGGUCUCAUCGACAACGAUAUCGAUGAAGUUAAUUCACUGUGGCCAGCACAGACGCGUUCCGUUCCGUGUAUGAUCUCGGAUAGCGUCGAUGAGCAUGACAAAGACGCUUUGAGACAGUUGGAAUUACUGGCCUUAGGCGCUCAAAUGCGCUCGACGGCAGCUUAUCCUGUUCUACUCCCAGUCGCCUUGCUGCCGGGUGACGGUAAGUAUUAAGCUAUGCCAGUCAUGGUGUUGGAAAGAUGGACGUGAGGAUGCGCAAUGGCCAAUGGGACUUGUGCAAAGCAGGAGCAUCAACAAUGGGCCGAGCCAGGGACGUUUGGCUACCAAACUUCCAGAUAGUGUUAUUUC